AUGCUCGAUUCAUCAGUUGACGGUCGUGUCUUCCAGCCGCAGACUCCUCAAAACCGGAGAAUCGCGACGUCUAAAGGCAGAUUAUAUUUAGGCUCUUACCCACUAUAUCCUCAGAAUCAUGCGAUCCCAGAAGAGAGUCUAGCACCCAUACUGCCGACGCAAAAGAGAGCAGCACCGGAUGAUAUCUCCACUGAAACACCCAAGCAUGCUCGCUUUGAGGACCAUUUGCUCCUUAUCAAUGAUAUUUUGACACCGCCGCUAGCGCGUCUCUCAGCAAAGGAGCGCGAUGCCCCUUCAUCUCAAAUGGGUUGGGGUCCUUCCGAGCUCGAAGUCGGUGACACCGAUCCUAAUGCCGCUGUUACGACGAAGCCAGCUCGAAAGAAGGGGAGGAAGGCCAUCGUCCUGAAGUCACUCGCCCAAGAACUGGUAAUUCAGCUCUUCCAAAGUCCCAAGCAGUGGACUCCAGUGAAGGAUGUGAUCUUUCGCUGCUUACCGAGUGGUGACUUGGAUCUUCGCACUCUAGUCAUGCAUCUUGGCAUUAAUGGUCCUGUCAGGUCAUUGAUCCAGCAAAUUUCAAACCAUUUUACAACUAUCAAGAUGGGAUCGUGGACCAUGAUGACCUGA